AUGGCACUGAAUAUGGCGAGAAACAAGUCUGCCCGGGAGAAUAGAAUAUAUAGAUAUCUCAUCAAGCCCGGAAAUGGGAAGUUUGGUUUGAAAAGACUUCGCUUCCGCAAGAUCAUGGCGGUUUCAGCACUGCAUUCGCAAGAUAAUGAACGUUUGCCGAGCAAGUCAAGCUCCUGGGCUGCUGCCAGUCAGCGUACAUAUACCUUUCAGGGCCUGCUCAGAGAUCCUACCCCCUGCUCGCAGUAUAGUCAGCCAAUGGCUGGCAGAUCGGAAGGCGAGGAGAGAGCUACGACUAAGCAAGAAAAGGAGGGAAUAGGCUGGAUAUUGCCGUCAUAA